AUGGGUCGACUGAGACCUAUUUUUCACUCCAAUAUAGCUGAGGGGAGAUUUCCUCCGCCCGAAAAUGGACGACCUCAUUUCUGGUAUGUGGACGCCUCGCUGGAACCCCCCACGAAAUCAUCCAAUGAGAAGAAAGUAAACUCAAUCCCCUCAUCAACCGUCAAUCUCCCACCAGGCGUAAAAGAGGAAGUGGACCAGAUACGCUCCAUGUUACUCCUCGUCAUGGAGGAGCUAGUGAAUACCGAGAGUUCAUACCUCCGAAUUCUCUCCCAAUUCAUUGCUCUUCGAGAAGAAAUGUUCGCGCCAAAUUGGAGAGCCGAUCAGGGUUUUGACCCCUCUCCGGAACAGCGUCUACCCUCAACAGCCAUCACCACAUGUCUACCACUUCUGCUUAAACUCAAAAUUGAACAUUCUGGAAAGCAGUUGUCACUUUUCAGCAGAAAUUCGGUCACUUGCAAAGGCAAGUUGGACUUUAUGGCUGUUUGUUCUUUGUCCCACAGAGUCUUUAUUGCUGGUCCUGGUUGCUGCGUCUAA